CACGAAGGCUGCCUUUGCUAGCCGCCGUGUGUGCGCUCACGCAUUUCUCCCAGGUUUAUAGGUAAGAGGCCUUCUACAGCGUCACACGGCUGGUGACUGAUCUAGCUGAGGCCGAACACAGAUUUGUCUGACUACACAGCAUUAAGUUCUAAACACUGCGCUACAUUAAAAGAAAUGGUUUUUGCCUUUGGCUGGAAUUUGGACGCCACUGUGAGAAAGGAUGGGAGACAUCGAGUGGAAACUAGGGACGUCCCCAAGGACUUGUACACGGUUCCGAGGAAACGGAAGCGCUUCCGGUCGGACAGUCUAAACCGUUACUGCCACUUCUUCAGUUGGAGCAUAAGCUACUGCGUGGUAAAAGCUAGAAUGAAACAGUUGCCUGCAGCAACAGUUCGCCUCCUUUCAAGUUCUCAGAUAAUCACUUCAGUGGUCAGUGUUGUAAAAGAGCUCAUUGAAAACUCCUUGGAUGCUGGUGCCACAAGCAUAGAUGUUAAACUGGAGAACUUUGGGUUUGAUAAAAUUGAGGUGCGAGACAAUGGUGAGGGCAUCAAAGCCAUUGAUGCACCAGUGAUGGCAAUAAAGUACUACACCUCAAAAAUAAACAGUCAUGAAGAUCUUGAAAAUUUGACGACUUACGGUUUUCGUGGAGAAGCUUUGGGCUCAAUUUGUUGUGUCGCUGAGGUCUCAAUUAUUACAAGGACGGCUGCUGAUAAUUUUAGCACCCAGUAUGUUUUAGAUGGUAGUGGCCACAUAAUUUCUCAAAAACCUUCACAUCUUGGUCAAGGUACAACUGUAACUGCUUUAAAAUUGUUUAAGAAUCUACCUGUAAGAAAGCAAUUUUAUUCAACUGCUAAAAAAUGUAAAGAUGAAAUAAAAAAAGUCCAAGAUCUCCUCAUAAGCUAUGGUAUACUUAAACCUGACUUAAGGAUUGUUUUUGUACAUAACAAGGCAGUUAUUUGGCAGAAAACGAGAGUAUCAGAUCAUAAGAUGGCUCUCAUGUCUGUUCUGGGGACUGCUGUUAUGGGCAAUAUGGAAUCCGUGCAGUACCACUCAGAAGAAUCUCAGAUUUAUCUAAGUGGAUUUCUUCCAAAGCAUGAUGCGGACCACUCUUUCACAAGUCUUUCAACCCCAGAAAGGAGUUUCAUCUUUAUCAACAAUCGACCAGUACACCAAAAAGACAUAUUAAAGUUAAUCCGACAUUAUUACAAUCUGAAGUGCCUAAAGGAAUCUACUCGUUUGUAUCCCAUUUUCUUUCUGAAAAUUGAUGUACCUACCGCUGAUGUGGAUGUAAAUUUAACACCAGAUAAAAGUCAAGUAUUAUUACAGAAUAAGGAAUCUAUUUUAAUUGCUCUUGAAAAUCUGUUGACGACUUGUUAUGGAUCACUACCUAGUACAAAUUCUUAUGAAAAUAAUGAAACAGAUGUUUCUUCAGCUGACACGGUUGUUAGUAAAACAGCAGAAACAGAUGUGCUUUUUAAUAAGAUGGAAUCAUCUGGAAAUAAUUAUCCAAAUGUUGAUACUUUAGCCAUUCCUUUUCAAAAUGACGUGCAUAAUGAUGAAUCUGUAAAAAACACUAAUUAUUGUUCUGAUCCUCAGCUACAUGUUGAUGACCAUUAUGAUGAUCAUUUUAGUAGUGAAGAUUCUAGCAUUGUUAAGAACACUAGAAAUUUAUUUCAGGAGAUUUCAAUGAAUAAUUCAUCAUGUGAGGACGCCCAGAAGGAAUAUAGUGAAACUUGUUAUGUAGAUUCUGUUAAGCAUGCCCAAUCACAAAAUGGUAGUAAAGGCCAUAUAAAUGAGAGUGUGAAAAAUGAAGAAGCAGCAGUUCCUGAGAAGUCUUUGGAAAUUUGUGCAGAUGACUGGAGCAAGGGAAAUGUACUUAAAAAUUCAAUGGGAGAAAACAUUGAACCUGUGAAAAUUUUAGUGCCUCAAGAAAGUUCUGCAUGUAAAGUGAGUAAUAAUAAUAAUCUUCCAAGCUCUGAACAAAAGAAUCUCAGUGAAGGUGCCUAUAACAAAAAAUCAAAUGUGGUAGAUAACAAAUCUGGACAGCUUACAGCUUAUGAUUUAAUUAGCAAUCGAGUAAUCAAGAAACCCAUGUCAGCAAGCGCCCUUUUUGUUCAAGAUCAUCGUGCUCAGUUUCUCACAGAAAAUUCUAAGACCGGUUUGGAGGAUGCAACAGUACAAAUUGAAGAACUGUGGAAGACAUUGAGUGAAGAGGAAAAACUGAAAUAUGAAGAGAAGGCUUCUAAAGACUUGGAGCGAUAUAAUAAGCAAAUCAAGAGAGCCAUUGAACAGGAGUCACAAACACCAAUAAAAGAUGGCAGAAAAAAGAUAAAACCCACCAGUGCAUGGAAUUUGGCACAGAAGCACAAAUUAAAAACUUCGUUAAUUCAGCCAAAACUUGAUGAGCUCUUUCAGUCCCAAAUUGAAAAAAAAAAGGACCAAAACAUUAAAGUAGUUCAGAUCCCCUUUUCUAUGGAAAACUUACAGAAAAAUUUUGAGAAACAUAAAUUUGACUUAGAAGAAAAGGACGAACUUUGCUUGAUCCACAAUCUCAAGUUUCCUGAUGGGUGGCUAAUUACAUCCAAAACAGAGGUGAUGUUACUAAAUCCAUAUAGAGUGGAAGAAGCCCUGCUGUUUAAAAGACUUCUUGAGAAUCAUAAACUUCCUUCAGAGCCCCUGGAAAAGCCAAUUAUAUUAACAGAGAGUCUUUUUAAUGGAUCUCAUUAUUUAGAGAUUUUAUAUAAAAUGACAGCAAAUGAUCAAGGAUACAGUGGAUCAACUUACCUGUGCGAUCCUCGUCUUACAGCAAAUGGUUUCAAGAUAAAAUUGAUACCAGGAGUUUCUAUUGCAGAAAACUACUUGGAAAUAGAAGGAAUGGCUAAUUGUCUCCCAUUCUAUGGAGUGAUGGAUUUAAAAGAAAUUCUUAAUGCUAUAUUAAACAAAAAUGCCAAGGAAGUUUAUGAAUGUAGACCUCGCAAAGUGAUAAGUUAUUUAGAGGGAGAAGCGGUGCGUCUAUCUAGACAGUUACCCAUGUACUUAUCAAAAGAGGAUGUCCAAGACAUUAUCUACAGAAUGAAGCACCAAUUUGGAAAUGAAAUUAAAGGUUGUAUGUGUUCGUCUGUUGAGUGUCACACUCAGUGCUGAAAACAGAAUACAGAGAGACUUUCCUUGCCCUCUAGAGGAGAGAAAUUAUUGCAAUGUAAUAUGAUCAUAGAAAUGAAUGGCAAGUUAAGAAGAAACAGGCAAGAAAUUGUGAAUGGAUUGAACAUAUUUUUGGAAGAAAAUGAAGGACCAGAAAAACUAUUGUAACCAAAUCACCUGGCUGAGAGCACUUGACUGCAAAGCUGUGGACUAUUUUAUUUGAAUUUAAAAUCAUCUACACCUUGGCUAACGAAGAAAAGGAACUAUUGGGAGAAGGUGUGAAUGCUUUGUAUAAUCUUAAAUAAGUGAAAUGUAUAUAUUUUAUAUGUUUUUACUCAGAUGUGUAUCUCAAAAUAUAAUAGUCUCAAGGACUCCUUAAAUGUACAUUAGUAAGCCUUUUUUCCUAAAGCAAAUUUGACAAAUGUCUUUAUUUUAGGAAAAGAAAAGAAAGCGACUGGGAUGCUUUGGAUUCCUUUGAUGUUCUCCCUUAACUUUUCCUGUUUUAUAUAUUAAAGUAAAUAAAAUGGCCAAAUUAAGAUA